AUGUUUCAUGCUGUGGAGACUGGACACUCUCUCUACCCUAAGCGUAAGGCUGAUCAACAGCUCCCUCACCUCGUCUCUUCCGAGCUCGAGCUCGCCGGAACAACCGUCGUUGUUUCUGACGUCUUUGUUACCUCUGUUUCUGAUGCGAAGACGGUUACUAUGCCUGCGAUUCUCGAAACUGAUGACGUGGAAGCUGCGGUUGCGAAAGUCAUUGCCGCCGCCGGAGCUGAAGCUGACGGUGGAGUGAAGAGGAGAGUGACGGAUCCGUUCGGUUUCAAUUGGAUAUUUGUUUCUCCGGCGAAGGACCAUAACAAAAAGUUUGUCUUUUCUGGAAUCUCCGGUAUGGACUUGGAAGUGCAAAGUGGCACAGGCUCUGCUGUUAAGAGGCGUCGGAUGUUACCUUUCGAUGACGACCCUAUGGAAACAUCGUUUUUCAGCUCUGCGCAGGCUAGAGAGGAAGCAUAUGAUGAGCUUUUACCAGAGGGAUCUCACCUCAUUGAAGGGUUUUCAGAAGACGCAUCUGCCUCAAGCUUAAAGGCAGCAUACGAUGAUUUCGUAAAUGAUCCUCCAACCCUACCCGAUGACUUGGACUGUCUUGAUCUUUAUCUGUAUGCAACAAAGUUGUACGCUGAUUGCAUAAAAGAUCCUGAGACUCACCCCCUACCUGAUGACUCAAGUUUUGGUUCCCCUGAGGUCCAAAUGGAUGUUUCAGAGUACUUAAACCUGUCACCAGAAACAGAAACCAUGGAAGUUAUGAGGCCAUUGACUAGAUCUUCUGGAAAUGUUAUCUUUAAAGGUAGGAAAUCAUUUGCAUGGCUGGUUCCAAAGCUCACAUCUUCGUUCAUCUAUCCAUUUGGUUUAGUCAAACCAUGUGGGGUUGAUGGAGACAUGACUCUCAAGGACAUAAACCAGAAAAUCAGAAUUCCAGCAGCUAAGCCAAAGGAAGACAAAGCAGAGCCUCCGGUGAUCCAAACUUCCGCCUUUUCAGGGAAACCAGUAGUUGGGAAGAUAAAAUUCCACACAGGAGGCAAAGGAAGCAUCACGAUCAUGAGGACGAGAGGCUAACCUAUAAAGUUAAGUAGAAAGUAUAUAAGGUAUUGCAGUAAGAUCCUUGAAUCUAUUUUACUGGACAUAUAGUUCCAGUUACAGCAAAGAAAGCAUCACGAUCCGCUUGAGUUUCACAAGCGGUAUAAUGCCUUAGCCUUUUUUUAUUGUCUGUUGUCACUUUUCACCAUCUCUUAGAUUUUUUUUUUAAACACUCACCAUCUCUUAGAUUUAACUUUAAAUUAAAACACCAAACAAAAAACUAAAGAAAUCAAAGCUUUCGUUUGCAUUUAUAUGUAGUUUACACAAAAGUAUUUUAUGAAAACAGUACAAAAUGUUUUAUGUUAGAAAUGUGACCUUAGUUUAUACAAUAUAUUAUAUAUGUAUAUAAGCAACUGCAACAAUUGCUUUAGAGACAAUCAUGGAAACCUAGCCUUUAGCGCCGUUAAUGUAUUAUAUUUGUUAACGAAGUUGUCUUGUUGGCGAAUUUAAGAAUUAAGAGCUCUUUAAUAAAUGCCGCAAUAGUUAAUAUUAUUGGUACAAAACCAUAUAUAUAUGUUGAGUUGAAUUAAUAUAUUUAGACUUAACUGAUGGUAACAUAUUUCACAAUUAGUCUGGAUUUUAUUAGAAAUCUAAAUUUCUAUUAAAAAUACUCAUCAUACUACGCAAGUUACAAUCUGCAGUGAGGGAAUAUGAAUCCAAUAAAAGCUAUAUGUGAUAUAUACAAGAACUACUAAGGAGUUUUUCAACAAAAUUAUGAAGUCGUUAACUCCCUUUUGCGUGUGUAUAGAAAGCUAUUGGGUCAAGAACUUUCUUCUUGUUCUCUACAAGAACUUCAAGAAAUUGAUAGUCAACUGCAAAGAAGUUUGGGCGAGGUUCGAGCAAGAAAGGCUCAGAUGUUCAAGGAGCAGUUAGAGAAGCUAAAAGCAAAGGAAAAACAACUGUUAGAAGAGAAUGUCCAGUUACGUCAAAAGAUGUUAUAGAUCAAUGGAGAGGGUCGAUUGAUCAACAAAAGAAAUUCAGAGUUGUAGACCUGAAUUUGUAAGUAGCCAGAAAAUAUCAUAUUGUAUGUUUAUUCAAUCAUGCAAACCUUAAAAUUCUUCGUAAAUCAUGUGAAUAAUUUGUUAUAUUAUCUUAUGAUUGUAAUUCUUACACAGUUUAUAAGAGAAUAAUACUUAUAAUCAUUUCAUACUUUAAAAUAUAGUUAAUUUAAUCAUGCCUUACUGAUUUCUAUUAGGGUGUAUUAACGAAGUUAGAUGUAUCUUUGAAAAUAAAGAUUUAUCAAAUUUUUAAAAAGUUUUUGUUAAAAAAAUCAAAAUUUUAAAAAGUGUUGUCUAAUUUUCUAUAAAUCUUAAGUUUUUGCUUAAAGAUUAAAAUCUUGUUGAUUUCAUGAUGUUCUCAAAGUUGUGUGUUGGUAUAAAAAUUGCUGAACAAAUAUUUCCCAGUAACACAAAAUUUAGUCCACUAAAUAAAAUAAACUAGAACUUUACCUGCACUGUGUGCGGGAUUAUUUUAAUUUAUAUAGAAGUCUUAUGUUUUUAAAUGAAAUUUCUUGAUUUGAUGAUUUUUUUUUAAUGAUUUUUGGCGUAAGAUUUAGUUUUCUUGAGAAAACUAUAACAUCUACAUGAGUCUUGAACCAUAGUUGUUAAUUUGAAAUAAUAAUAACUUGUGUAGUUUGACAUUAUGUUUAUAAACUUAAAGUAGUGUUUUA